AAAUGCAUACAUGUUGCCCUUUUAUUCCAAAAAAUGUUCCGGUGUCAUGAAUAUUCUAACCGAUUCAUAUAUGAAAACAUCAAAUUUUGAAUCCAAAAAUUUUUACAACGGUAUUAAAAUGAGCGACGUAUAUAUAGUGUCGGCUGCCCGAACACCAAUCGGAAAUUUGAAUGGAACGUUAUCGAAGCUGCCUGCAUCGGAUCUUGGUGCGAUUGUGGUGAAAGAAGUGUUAAAUCGUGCCAACGUGAAUGCGGCCGAUGUUGAUGAAGUUAUUCUUGGACAAACCUUAUCUGCUGGCGCUCGUCAAAAUCCUGCACGUCAAGCGUCACUUAAAGCUGGCGUUCCACAAAAUGUGCCUGCAUUUUCAUUGAAUAUGCUGUGUGGUUCUGGCUUGAAGUCCUUAUAUCUUGGCUUUUUAUCGAUUAAAGCGGGCGAAUCAAGUGUUUUGGUUUGCGGUGGCCAAGAGAGUAUGUCUUCAGCACCUCAUGUAGUUCAUUUACGAUCAGGCUUUAAGUUGGGAUCAACCGACCUAACGGAUACAAUAUUGCUUGAUGGACUUACUGACGCACUUCAUGGCAUUCACAUGGGUGACACUGCUGAAAAUUGUAAUAAAAAAUACAAGAAUACCCGCGAAGAACAAGAUGCAUUCGCGGCACGUUCACAACAUUUGGCCGAAACGGCACAGAAAAAUGGUUAUUUCGAUGCUGAAAUUGUACCGGUUCCAAUUCAAGGCCGAGAUGGUUUUACGUUGUUUGAUAAAGAUGAAUUUCCAAAACAUGGAACAACGAUUGAAGCACUAGCAAAACUAAAACCUUGUUUUGAUGACAAUGGUUCUGUCACUGCUGGCAAUGUAUCCGGAAUAAAUGACUCGGCAGCUGCUGUGCUUUUAAUGUCACAAAAUGAGGCGCAAAAGCGUGGUGUUAAACCUUUGGCACGUAUCGUUGCCUUUGGUCAAGCCGGACUUGAUCCUCUGAUCAUGGGCAUGGGCACUGCAUACGCAGUUAAAGUUGUGCUUGAAAAGGCCGGAUGGAGCAAAGAUGAAGUUGAUCUAUAUGAAUUGAACGAAGCCUCUGCGGCUGUAUCUGUAUCCGUUAAUAAAGAGUUGAACAUUGAUCCGUCAAAAAUUAACAUCAAUGGUGGCUCUGUUGCUCUCGGUCAUCCACUGGGUGCCUCUGGUUGUCGAGUACUAGUUACUUUAAUAUAUGCAUUGAAAAGAACUGGCGGACGCAAAGGUGUUGCCUCACUAUGCAUUGGCGGUGGAAUGGGAAUUGCAAUUGCCAUUGAACUAUUAUAAACAUUUUUAAUAAAGAAAACUGUUUUUUGUGAAGAAUUGUUCAUUUCAACAGGAAAAUCACGUAUUUGUUUGACAAAUAAAAUACCGAUUCAUAUCAA